CUAGAGUUUUUGAUCACCAAUUGUUCUCGACACUCGUCCUCUCCUUUUCCUUCCCCAAAUUUUCCUUUCUAUGGUUUCUGUUUCUCUCAUUUCUCUAUCUAAUAAGAAUUUUUUUUUCUGUACAGGAAGUGUGAUCUUUUAGAAAAAUGUUGAAAAGGGAGAAGGAAGAGGAGAGAAUUGAAAGGAUCAUUCGCGGUCUUCUCAAACUUUCUGAGAAUCGAAGAUGUAUAAAUUGCAAUAGUUUGGGACCACAAUAUGUUUGCACAACUUUCUGGACAUUUGUUUGCACAAAUUGUAGUGGAAUACAUCGGGAAUUUACACAUAGAGUAAAAUCGGUGUCAAUGGCUAAAUUUAAAGCAGAAGAAGUUAGUGCUCUUCAAGCUGGGGGAAAUGAGAGAGCACGACAAAUUUAUUUCAAAGAAUGGGAUCCUCAGCAGAACUCAUAUCCUGAUGGCAGUAAUAUGCAUAAGCUUCGAGAUUUUGUCAAGCAUGUUUAUGUGGAUAGAAAAUAUACUGGUGAGAGAAGUCAUGAAAGGCUGCCAAAGCUGAGAUUGAGUGGCAAGGAGGAAUUCCAUGAGAAAAAGAAGCUUGGUAUAUAUUCUGGUAGCUAUAGAAGUCCUAAUUAUGAGAAUAGAUAUGACCAGAAAGGAAGAUCUCUUCCUGGUGGGAUCAGUGAUGACAAAAGUAGAAGAUAUUAUAAUGAUGAAAGAAGAAGUCCUUGUUUUGCCCGAGAACAUUCAAUAUAUGGGGGUUUCAAGAAAAGUCCUCUCCGAUUUGAAGUUGUUGAUGACAGGUUUCGAGAUGAUGGAACUCAAAACACAAGGGAAUCUGCUAACCAUCGGUUUUUGCAUAGAAAUGGCAGUUUUGGAAGCUUGUCACCUGACCGUGUAAAGAGAAGGGAUCUGUCUAGCCCCCCUGUGGCACGACCUAUUGAAGAUAUCCUAGGGAAGAAUGCUCCAGUUUUGCAAGUAGGUGAACGUUCUAAAGCAACUAUUGGGAAAAAUUCUGAUGGCUCUGCUCACAAUCAGGUCAUUGCAUCUUCUGGCAGCAAAGGAUCUAUUGAUGGGAAAACAGCAGAAGAAAAAAAUCAGAAAUUGGAAAGCUUGAUUAAUUUUGAUUCUGAUUCCAUGCCCUCCAAUGCUGAAGCAGGACCACAAACACAGGAAAAUCAUCAAUUGAGUGAUGGAGGCAAUCACAAGUCUAAUGAAUCUUCCACAAAGCAAGUUGUACCACAGGUCCCAAAACCGAAUACUUUGGAAUUAUUGCUAUUUGAAUUGUCAGUUCCCUCUGUUGGAAGUGCUGGUAGUGUACCUGAAGAUUCAAAUAAUGAUAAGCCUCCGUCAACUACAUCUGGAGGCAAUAUGCCCAUGAGUUCUGGCAUUUCAGCAGCAGAGCCACCAGGGAUGAUGUUAGCUUUACCAGAAAAUGUCGGAGGUUCUACCAGUGCACCUGGAGGGAAUGUGCCCUUUGACGUUGUUUCACCAGCUUCACCUCCUGGGCAGAUGUUGGCAGUAUCCACUAGCGCUGCGAUUCCAUCAGAAGGCAACAUGCCCAAUGGUAAUGUUUCAGCAGCUGUGCCUGUGGGGCAGAUUUUGACAUCAUCAAAUAAUGAUGGUCCCUCUAGCAAUGCAUUAAGAGAAAAUAAGGCUGCUAGUGGUAUUCCCCAAUCUGCACCUGUGGAGCAAACAUUAUCAUUAUUUGAUACUUUUGAUUCUACGACUCCAUCAACAACUAGCUUGCAUGUGCAACCUUCUGAAGGAACUCCUUCACAAGCUGCACCUGAUAUUCAUGGUGAUUCGAUUUUCAAGUUCACAAAUAAGCAACAGGUACGCAGCAUGCAGCAACAUCAGCUUUUUGCAUUUCCUGCUGCAGAGAAUGGACCUGGUGGACAACCAACUAGUACUACAAAAGUCGGAGAUCUAAAUAACCAGCUGUGUACUUCAUUAAAUGCGCCUGAUGCUCAAGGACCUUUUAGUGCCUCUGCAUUCUUUGCUCAUGAUGUCACAAAAGCAAACCGAGAUUCCAGUUCUGGAACUAAAUCCCAGCAAUUUCCUGUGGAAACAAAGUCUAUCGAAAGAAAGGAACUCCCAGCAGACCUUUUUGCUGCAAGUUAUUCACCAGUGACUGGCUCAAUUCCAGGUUGGCAAAGUGCUCUACCUUAUGGCAUGGGAUUCAGCACGCAGUAUUAUCCUAAUGCAGUGCCUGUGCUCCCAUAUCCUAACCAAGCAAAAUCAAGCAACCCAUUUGAUCUAAACAAUGAAUCCACUUCAGCACAAGAUUCACCGGCAGCGCCUGCUAAUGUGUUGGUUCCUAGGAACUUAAUGCCUGCUACUGGCAUCGACACAAAUUCUUUAGGGUUAAUGGCACCGUCUUAUGCAUCAGUGUUACCAUCUUCUCCCUUUGCAUCACCCAAUUCUGGUGCAUACAUGGGGCCACAAGUACACAUGAAUGGACAACCUUCUAGGCUACAAGGAGCUGCAGGUGGCUAUGGUACUGAUGCCUAUUUUGGCUCACUAAAUAUGGACCACCAAUCUUCCGGCGGGUAUUCACUACCUUCUGCACCAAAUUCACUUCCUUCCAUGGGAGGGAACCCUUUCGGAUAAAAAAGGAUUAUAUUUGGGUUAUACUCUCCAAAGUUUGUGGAACAGAAAUCUGGGGCUCCUUCUGUUGAGGAUCAAAUGCAACAGACAGCCUGGAAUGAGGUGGUAUGUCUAUAUUUGUGGUGAUGAAGAUGAUUCUGAAAGAAAAUGUAAGUGAUCAUUCUGGAUGAAGCUAUAUCUUCAAAAAGAUAUGGAAGUAAUCAUUCUAUAUGAAGGUAUAUUUUCUUUACACUCAUGAAUGUCAUCAAUCGAACAGAUUCAUUCUGAUUAUCUAGACACCUGGGAUUCCCGUUGAUCAUUAGCAUUCUCGUUCUCCUUGUAGAUAUACACAAUGAUCAAUCCUUCUAGCAAUUUCUUACAGAGGUUCUGUCGCCAUUUACUCGCUGCUAUUUCUAGAUGCUGUAUUUUUUAACUGAUUAGACAAGGGUGUUAAGACAUGAAAUUAUUAUAAUCUAGUUCAAGAUCUAUGAAUUUUCUAAUAAGUCACUACCUUAAAAGACGACUUUGAUACCAUUGAAUGAAAGCUGUUCAGUGUUUGCUUGUCAGAAACUGGUGAAAGACAAAAUAUAGAACAACUAUUGAUCAUAUUUUAGCAGUAAGUGGCAAAAACUGACAAGUUCAAACAUAUAAACAAAAUGUUUCGGCUAAUCAUUUAGCAAUGCUUUAGCAUUACAUUUGGUCCAAAUAUACUCUACAUCGACUUUUUCCCUUGCAGCAAGUUAGGUGCAGAAGAGGAUUAGAGGGAUGGAAAUAACCAGGGAGGGAACUUCUUCAGCGAUGAUGCAGAGAGCCAGGGCCUGAAUAAGAUGACUUCAAAUUAAAGUAAUACGCUAGUACUUUGUUUAGAACGAUUUAUUUUGCAAAAAAGAGAAUUCAAAUGAAUUUUAUAGUUAUUAUCUCUUU